AUGUUCUCGUCGAUUCUCCAUGGAAGCAGGUCAAUAGAGUUGCAGAAAUGGCGUCAUUUGAGAUUUACAGCAAACCUUCUUCAAAAAGCAUCUUCCUUUUCCACAACCUCUGCAGAUUUGAGCCAUAAAGGUAAGAUUUUUACAAUCCCUUACCUUGUUGACUCACUGGGUCUAACCACAAAACUCGCCGAAUCAAUCUCAAAGAAAGUCACCAGCUUUGACGGCAAACGAAACCCAGAUUCCGUUCUAAACCUCUUGAAAAACCACAGCUUCACAGAUCCACAGAUCUCCACCAUCAUCACGGCUUAUCCAGGAUUGCUUCUACUAGACGCUGAGAAAUCGCUCGGUCCCAAGCUCCAGUUUCUUCAAUCUAGAGGAGAUUCAACAGCUUCAAGCUCUGAAGAGCUCACGGAGAUUGUUUCGAAAGUUCCGAGGAUCUUGGAGAAGAAAGGUAACAAAACCAUAAGCUUAUACUAUGAUUUCGUCAAAUGCAUUAUAGAAGAGAAAGUUUGGCCAGAGGAAGAUAACAAACGGUCGAAUAAACUCAGAAACGUUUUGGUUCUGAGAGGUUUAGGCAUGCCUCAGAAGCUCUUGUUCACGUUGCUUAUCUCGAAUUACCAACCAAUCUAUGGUAAAGAAAAGUUUGAAGCUUCACUCAAGAAAGUGAUUGAGAAUGGAUUUGAUCCGAGAACAUCAAAGUUUGUGCAAGCUUUACAUGUUGUUUACCAAAUGAGUGAGAAGACGAUCGAAGAGAAGAUCGAUGUUUAUAAAAGGUUAGGUUUUGAGGUAGAUGAUGUGUGGGAGAUUUUCAAGAAAUGGCCUUUCUCUUUGAAGUUCUCUGAGAAGAAGAUACAUCAGACGUUUGAGACUCUUGAGAAGAAGUGUGGUUUGUUAAAGAACGAGGUGUUGACAGUGGUGAAGAAGCAUCCGCAGCUGAUACGGAUCUCGGAGAAGAAUGUAGUGAACUCUGUUGAAACGUUUGUAGGGUUAGGGUUUAGCAGAGAUGAGGUUAAGAGGAUGAUCAAGAGGUUUCCUCAGUGUCUUAACUUGUCUGUAGAGACUGUGAAGAAGAAGACUGAGUUUCUCGUGAAGAAGAUGGAUAUGCCACUAACGGCUUUGGUUUCGAGUCCUCAGUUGCUUGGAUACAACUUGGAGAAGAGGACUGUACCGAGGUGUAAUGUGAUCAAAGCUCUCAUGGCGAAAGGAUUGAUCGGAAGUGAGCUCUCUCUUUCGACGUCGUCUGUGAUGGCGGUUACCGAUGAAGCUUUCUUGAACAAGUAUGUGAGGAAGCAGAAAAGCAAGAAGCUUGUGGCUGAGUUGAUGACUAUCUUCACCACUGUUUAUAAGGCACACAUAGAAGAUUGA